CCGGUCUCUGGCCUCAAGCAUACGCCGAAAAGACGCCAGAAGCCCCUGUAUCACAGAGGUGUUCUUAGGCUUCCGCUGUGCCACCUGGCCGUCGAAACUGGUGGCCCUCAUGGUUGUGCCACCCAGAUAGAUGAUGUCUUGAUCGACCGAAUGCUGAGCCCAUGUCGUCCAAUGGUCCCGUCAUUCCCAUUUGGCUGAAUGGAGAAUUCAUGAAGAAGCUCGCCUCCACGCCUCUUACGAGGAGAAGGACAACUGUGUUUUACCACGCGCCGCCGCCAGCCAACGAACGGUCGACUGUGCCUGAUCAGACUUGUGCCGUCGUCUCCCCUCCUUCCUCUCCGGGUGUUGGUGUGCCUGCUCUGUCUGCACAGCGUGGUGGUGGUGUGUUUUGCCUUGGCUGACGAAUGUGAUGCAUCCAUGGUUGUCUGGCAGAUUCCCCGCUCCUAGACCGGAUGCCGUCCCAACUCCCACUGGACAGCACUGCCGACUGCGGUGAACCACUUCCCCCAGACUUUGGGCAGGCUGAUGACGGGCUCAAGCAGACCAUAAUCCACGGCGUUGUGUCGUGGUCAACCCGGUCGGCCGUGUUGAUAUCAAUGUCUCUGCUCUCAGACCACUGCCGAUGUCGUUGUGUCAACCUCCGGCAGCCAUGGGAAGCCAGGGCAGUUGCUUCCGAGGGGGGCGGGAGGGAAGAGGUUGGAAAACAAGCUCAGCUCAAGCCAUCCGCCGUGAGCUUAGGUUGUGCUCAAAUGCAGGGGCACACUGCUGUGCCCUCCACCAACGCUGGCCCCAGAGCAACCAAUGCAGGCACCGAUUGUCGACUGGACGAUCGGGGGUCACAUCGUUUGGGAGGCGGGAGGCCCUCCAUGGCUUCGUCCGUCGCGUCGUCCGGCACCUCUACUCACCAGCUGACGCAAGGGCCGAAAGACGCCACUCAGGGGUACUGUUCUUCCCUCUUUGUUUUUCCCCCCUCCAGGACAGGCUGCUCUGCAUGUCUCUCUCCGUCAUGCAGUCGGGUUUUCUUGUCUGUUGGGGCCAUGGAUCAGCUUAAUAUGGAAGUUGAUUGCCAGGCACACCUUAUAUUCUUUAGCCGCCAAGCUCCCACAUGCAAAGGGUACCUUGUUGGCCUUGUUUAUCUCACCAAACCCGGUGGCAUACAUGAUGUACACCACACUACACAGCAAGACCACAGUCGCCACCCUUCUCACUCUGGCUGCCCAUGUGGCGGCCCACGGAGAUGAAUAUCACGACGAGGCACCUUCCUUCUCUCUCGGUAGCCCCGUUGACAACCCGUUCGUGGGCAAGUGGACCACCAGCACCGUCUGGGCGACCACCACCCGCACCAUCACCUCUUGCCCACCAGUCAACCCCGACUGCCCGGCUCACUCGACGGUUCUCACCACUGUUACCAUUCCUGUCAGCACAACCAUCUGCCCCGUGACGGAGACCGAGGCUCCUCCCCCUCCUCCACCUCCCACGACCGUGGUGCCCCCUCCUCCUCCACCUCCCCCGUCGACAGUCACGGCCACCACGCCCACACACGCCCCUCCUCCCCCCCCUCCUCCCCCGCCCCCGCCUCCUCCGGUGACCGAGACCCCGGCCCCUCCCCCGCCGCCUCCUCCGGUCACCGAAACCCCAGCUCCUCCCCCUCCUCCUCCUCCCCCGGUCACCACCCCGGCCCCUCCUCCUCCUACCACCAUCGGAACCAUCAUCCCGCCUCCUAUCACAACCACAACCGGAAGGCCAGUUACCGCCGGAGCUGCAACCAUGCAGAAGGCAGGCGGAGCCCUGGCUGUCAUCGCCGUCGCCGCUGCCCUCCUUUAA